UAGAGUAAAGCAAACGAGCACGCACAGAUAGGGAGCUGUCAAAUUCAUGCUGGGAUCUAAAUAUAGAUUGAAGUGGUGAGUAAAAGUUGGAGCUAACUAUAAGGUUAGGAUGUCAACAAGGAAGGAUGCCGGAGGCCUCAUGAGGUCUUUCAUGGGAAUUUAGAUAAACAAGCACUAGCCAAAUAGUCAGGCUGUGUCCCAAGAAGUUGGUAUAUAAGGAGCCCUGUGGCAGGAGGAGCAUCACAUCUUCCUCUCCUCUCCUGAGUCUGUCUCCUCACUGCACCUGAGUCCUCUCUACUGACAUCAUGGGUUGCUCUGGCUGUGGAGGUUGCGGUGGCUGUGGUGGCUGUGGUGGCUGUGGUGGCUGUAGCAGCUGCACCACCUGUAGGUGCUACCGGGUCGGCUGCUGUGGCUGCUGUGGCUGCUGUGGUGGCUGUGGUGGCUGUGGCUGUGGUGGCUGUGGCUGCGGUGGCUGUGGCUGUGGUGGCUGUGGCUGUGGUGGCUGUGGCUGCGGUGGCUGUGGCUGUGGUGGCUGUGGCUGUGGUGGCUGUGGCUGCGGUGGCUGCUGUGGCUGCUGUGGCUGCUGCAAACCUGUGGUUGUCUGCUGCUGCCACCGCACCUGCUGCCGUUCCUGUGGCUGUGGCUCCUGUGGCUGUGGCUGUGGGAAGGGCUGUUGUCAGCAAAAGUGCUGCUGCCAGCAGAAGUGUGGCUGCAAGAAGCAGUGCUGCUGCUAGGCAGAAGGGCAUUCAGGAGCUGUAUGAGUCCUUUGUUCCACUGGUUCCUGUCACAAAAGGUCUCUUACUCCCCUGUCUCUAGCUAUCACGUCAACUCUCACACCUUCUUCUUUGAUCUUUAAGGCAGUCACAUGGACAACGCUCACAGUGUCCUCUAAGGGAACUUCUUGAUUGUUCUCUGGUUGCUACAAGUCUUGGCAAAUAUUGCUGAUUUGGGAUGCCCCUGGGGGCAUCGUGCCUGGCCUCUCUGCCACUGAGAUCCGGGUAAGUCCUUCAGGCUGCUCCUACCUGUCACUCCUGAUCAGUGCCCUGCUUAUAAGAUUGUUCUGGCUUUUGUGCAAUCUUCUCUCUUCUCUGUCUCCCUGGGGAAUUGAAGCCUUUCCAGUUAAAAACUGUCUAGACUGUGAUCAUAUGGUGAGGAGGAGGUCCCUCCUGUCACAGGUCUAGGGAAGGGGAAUAGGGUGAA